AUCAGUUCUUAGUUCGAGAUUGUGGUGUGGUUGCGGUAACGUCACCGGCAGGGGUCGCUGUUGUCUGACACUCUUCAAGUUUCCCCCCAAAGACUCAACAAGUGGAGUAAAAACAGCUGCGGAGCCGAGCCACUUUUAAAGUGUGUGUGUGUGAGAGAGAGAGGAGGGGAGCCGCGGCGCACACGCUCUUACGUAAAUGUGGUGGCGCAUUAAGUCAAAGAUCGAGUAACAAAUCAGGAAUUUCCCUCCUGCCACUCCUGAGAGGACAACAGUGGAGAGCGCUGCGGCUCCACUUGGACCGCCGACUUUUUUUGAGGGAGGUUCGGGUUCGGAUCUGGAACUUUUGGAGGACUACAAAUGUUAUGAUUGGAGUUUUCACAUUUUUUUCCACCUCGGAGGGACGAGUCUGCUUCGCUCCUUCUGGAUGAUACUCUCGGCCCACAUCUGGAUGAUCGCGCGUGAGCUCGCAGAGUAACGGCCGAGGACGCUCCAGCGGGAAGACGCCAGGCGUCCAGAAGGAUGCUGCUGCUGCUGCCGGAGCCAUGGAAGUGAAGAACUCGUUCGCCGUCGCUGCGGUGGUGUGUCUGCUUCUCUGCUCCAGCUCCUGCCAACAACUCAAGCCCAGAGGCCGGAAUGUGUGCAGGGUGCCCGGAUCGCCCGGAUUGGCGUGCUGCAGUGGCUGGGCGCAGCUGGGAGAGGAAUGCCUGACACCGCUCUGUGAAGGGAACUUUACCUGCAAGGACAACGAGGUGUGCGUCAGGCCCAAUGAGUGUCGCUGUCGUCACGGCUACUUCGGAGCCAGCUGCGACACCAAGUGCCCGGCCCAGUUCUGGGGUCCCGACUGUAAAGGGAAGUGCAACUGUUUUCCCAACGGUCAGUGCGACGACCUGACUGGCAAGUGUACCUGCAACCACAACCGCUGGGGGCCCAACUGCGAGAACGCCUGCCUCUGUCAGAAGGGCAAAUGUGACCAGGAUACGGGCAUUUGUACAUGCCACCACGGGGUUUGGGGACCUCAGUGCAACAACAACUGCUACUGCAGCAUCAACUCGGUGUGCGACGCCAUGACAGGCCGCUGCAUCUGCAACCCUGGCUGGAUGGGGCGGAACUGCGGCGCCCAGUGUCCCUGCAGCAACUCUCCGUGCGAGCAGUUCACGGGACGCUGCCAGUGCCGGGAAAUGCUGUGGGGCCAACGGUGCGAGCGUUACUGCCAGUGUGUCCACGGGAAGUGCAACCAGGCGGACGGAUCGUGUACCUGCAAGCCAGGGUAUCGUGGGAAGUUCUGCCGGGAGCCGUGUCCCGCAGGGUUCUACGGCCAGAACUGCAGGAACAGAUGUGGCCACUGCAAAGGUCAGCAGCCCUGCAAGGUGACGGAGGGCCGCUGCAUCACGUGUGACCGCGGCUGGAACGGAACGCGCUGUGACCAGCUCUGCACCAAAGGCUUCUUCGGUGAAAACUGUCAGGAGGUCUGUCCCACAUGUAAGGAUGGGCAUCACUGCGACCCAAUUCACGGCAAGUGUUCGCACUGCAACCCCGGCUGGAUCGGGGACAGGUGCGAGGUCCGCUGCCCCAACGGCACCUACGGAGAGAACUGCGAAAACAACUGCAGCCACUGCUUCAAUGGAAACUGCCAUGUGGUCACCGGAGAGUGCCUGUGUGACCCUGGCUUUCAUGGAACCUACUGCAACAUGAGCUGUCAGCCGGGACAGUUCGGUGUCAACUGCAACCAAACCUGCUCGUGCCACGACAAGAACUGCGACCCGGUGACUGGCGCCUGCCAUCUACAACCCAACCAGCGGAUGGGCGUGAUCGCCGCCGGGUCGCUGGUCUCCUUUCUGCUGAUGGUUCUGCUCUCGCUGCUCUGCUGCUGCUGUCUGUGCCGCCACAAAGACGACCACAACCAAAAGGCCAAGCGGAUCCUCUGCGGUCGUUUCAGCCGAAUCAGCACCAAACUUCCUCGCAUCCCUCUGAAGAGACAGAAGUUGCCCAAAGUUGUCGUGGCCCACCAAGACCCAGAGAGCAACUUCAACUGCAGCUUCAUCGAGCCCCCCGCCGCGGCCGAGCAGCACUCCCCCUCCUCCUGGUCCUCCCAGGAGUCCUUCUCUUCCUUCGAGAGCGGAGAUGAGGGGCCGGUUUACUGCGUCCCCCACGAAGAAUCAGCCAAUGAAAGCAAGGAGACGGGCAGCUCCAGUCCAGUCCCUGAAAAGCCUGAACACCACGAUGAGGACGCAGGAGAGUACACGUCGCUGAAGGACACAGGGAGCUCCAAACUGGAAAGCAGCGAGCCACCAGCGCUGAAGUCCUCCGACAGUGAAGGAUCCACGAGCGGGUCUGAGUCUACACCCGCAGCCCUCUACGCCCGAAUCGCUCGACUGUCCAAGCACUCCAAGGAGGAGGAGAGCAGCGGCAAAGACGGGGAGAACACUCCGACACCAGAAUCCAAACGCAAUGGAAAGCCACCACCUUCGCCAGGCAAGCCCAAACCACGCCCCCCUGACCCGUCCACUAAACCCAAGGUAUCGUGGAUCCAUGGAAACUCCACAGGUUCUCUCCCACCUGAACAGCAAGGACAGGGGGGGACGAAAGCACCUGCAGUUCCCAAGGAGAAGAAGAGAAGCUCCAGCAACGGGUCGGCCAAGAGCGAGGAGAGUCGGAAGGUCAAGGAGACCAGCCGGGAGCAGCAGAAAGAAGCAAACGGAUCCCCCAGCAAGCACAAACCAUUGCGAGGGAAGAAGUCUGGGGACGAGCACAGUAGUCCCAGUCACAUGGAGCACAUCAACGGCGUUGUUCAGAACGCCCUGCGGAUGAUCAGCAGCUUCCACAGCUCCUCAUCAGAGAAGAAAGGUUCAGAGAGCUCCAGCGAGACCCCGAAGGAGCCGCCUAAGAGUCCAAAGGUCAUCCAUCCUCACAUGAACUCUGAGGCAGCGACACUCCUCGCUGCUCAGCUGAAGGAGAAAACUCAGAGCAUCAACAGGAACGAGGGCAUGGGCCUGACCAAGACCAAUGGCCUAUCGACACCAAAGGGAACCAGAGAGAAGCCCACACCUCCACAGAAGGCCAAGAGGACCCCGUCAAGUGGUGGGAACCAGCAGGGAUCCACGAAGCCCCUCCUGCCCACGUCAAGCAGCCUCCAGAAAAUGGUUGCACCUGUCGCCAGUGAGCAGAGUACCCCUGAACCCAAGAGCCCGGAGAAGCUGGACUUGAACGGCUCGAGGUUGGGGGACCCAGUGUCAGAUGCUACGCCAAAGAAGACGCCCAUAAAAAAGCCGCCGAGGAAGAAAGGCAAGGACAGCACUUUGGAAACUCCAGAGAGCAGCAAACCUCAGCCAAAGACGGCCAUCAUGCCGCCGCAGAUCGUGAAGUGAGUCCUUUACUGAACUUCAGGAUCCUGGACGGAAGAGGACAUGUUUUUAGCUACAACAAAGAACCGUGUUUUGUUCAGCGAGUGAUGUGUUAAGACUUCAGUUUGACAAUCUUCUACUUGUUUUUUGUAUCCAACAAUCCAGAGGAGGCUGUCAGAGACUUCCCCCGCCUUCGAUCCCCAUCUUUCCUCCACCACUAUAUUUAUGCCAAGGGCUUAAAUUGUUUCUGCUUGUUGUCAAGGUACUAAAGAGGAAGUCCUUUGAUCUCCAGCCAUGAAGCUGCACAAUCUGACUUAACGUUUACAAGGUACUAAGACACCACCAACCGUCAUUUCCCCCGACCCUCACGCCUUGCUACAAAAUUGAGCCCCAAAAUUCUGUUGCUUUGUUAAAGAUGUCCACAGUUACAUUGUACCAGCCGUCCACACGAUGAUGGUCUGCUUAGCGUGUCCUUGGUGUGCCGUCCAUUUAGCAAGCCUGCAGUUUAGCUGUAGCAUUCGUGGUAAUGGCUACAUUAAAAAAAACAGACCUUUUGAGAAUAAAGGCAGAGUUUUGAAGCGAAGAUGUGUGGCAGCGUGCCGUCACACUCCUUCAUCUAUGGUACAGAGUUGGUGGUCCCUCUGCCACCCACCCAACCUUUGCUCGAUCACCAUUUUAAUAGUUGCAUCUCCCUGGUUCACCGACGUUGUUGCCCAUGACGAAGAAACCAUCUGGCUUAAUAUCCAAUACCUUGAAGUUAUAUGAGAUCGAAGCAGCUGGGUGUGUGUUCCGUCAGCGCUUCGAAGCAACAUUGAAUCCGAAUUCUGACACUUCAUACUUCAACUCAAAGUUCCAGCAGUGAAAAAGGCCCAUUGCAGAUUUGGUCCCAAGCGUGCGUGUCGGCAUGUGGUGACCUGUUUACUUGUUAGAAGCCACUCCAGAUUGUUUUGGUCCCGGGGUUUGGACUGGAUGCUAGCGUGCCUCAACUGUGGAUCAGUUUGUGCAAAAAACAAAAAAAAAACGCAAUGUUUGCUAGUUUUGUUUGUAAAGAGGAAGCCCAGUCAACAGUUGGAAAGCUAUUUUGAGAGUAGCUUAAAAUCAGCGGCGCAUGUUCCAUGAGAAUAUUUUGUGUUUUUUCAAGGUACAAACUUUUGUUCUCUUCUCGUAUACUUUGUGUACUUUUUGUUUAUCUUUGUAAGCUGUGCUUAUAUGACCUUUGAUUUCCUCCGUUCACGUUCGCUUGUUUGUGUCAUGGCUUCUGCCUCUCCCGGGAGACGCGGCGAUAUUUCGCUCCUGCUACGUUGGCGUCGUCCUCUGUCGAUGUUAUUGUUUGUGUAACCGCAUGACGCAGAGUGUGACUCAGUGAACGGCCGCGCAGGACAAGUGUAACCUCCUGUCACCCUCCUUACUUUUGAUUCCCAUAAAAUAUAUUUCAUACAGGAAGGAUUGUACGAUAUGGUGAGAUGAGUGCACACCAACGGAUUCCUCAGGUGUCGAGGCUCACAUCCCAAGUGUUGCUGACCAAGAGAAAACUGGGAAAGUUGAUGUUAAAAAAGGCAACAAAAUGACUUGAUAUCCCAUAGAAAUACAGUAUGUAGGAAAAGGAAAAGCUAAUGUUUUACAGUAAAGUCAAUACAGUAAAUAUUCAAAACACAUCAAAGACAUUAACAAGAGCAACUCAUCCUCACUUCCAUGGCGUCACAUACUGACAUUGGAAAAGUUGCCUUUUGCAUCCUAUACUGACGAAAAAGACAGCCUUCAGCGUCAGAUGUGAAAAAAAAAGUACGUUGCAGUAAGGGUAAGAACUAUCAACAGCAACAAAACAAAGCUGAGCAGAAAUUGAUCCUCCAAAAACAUCAACAAAACAACAUAAAAUGAAUCUAAAAAUAGAGUAGAAAAAAAACAUCUCUUCGUGCUCGAACCAAAUGAAU